CGCUUACAUCAACGAAUUGACAUAAAUUAUCUGUCUAAAAUCCGCAUUUUUUUUAAAUCAUACAAAAAUGGCGUGAAGCUGGUAGAAGUAAUUAUUGGAAAUAAAUUUUGUUUCUAAUUGUUGUUGUUAUUUUAAAUUCACUUAAAGUACUGAUAUGCGAUUUAUAUAAGCGACAUUGCCGGUUACUUCCGGGUUUUAAAAUGUCCACUUCACCAAAACCUCGAUUACGCCGUACACAAAGUUUCAACAAGGUACAGGACAUCGGGAAUGACAACAAGAAAGAAGUUUCUCUACCCCAUGGAAAAACGAUUCACAGACAUGCAGACUCUCUAUUCAGCACAUCAAGUGGCUUCAACAAUUACAGAGGGCUCCUUAAUCUCUGUAUCAUAUUACUGGCUCUAUCAAAUGCAAGAUUAUUCUUGGAAAAUAUCAUCAAGUAUGGUAUCUUGAUAGAUCCAGUGCGCUGGAUUCAGAUGUUCCUCAACCAACCAUACAGUGAGGCAAAUGUUGCACUUAUCAUUGGCUCAAAUGUGUUCAUCCUUAUCAUGUAUGGUACAGAGAAGGCUAUCCUAAAGGGCUGGUUGUCGGAGCGGUUGGCCCUGAUUGGCCAGUCCCUCACGCUGAUGCUCUCCAUCAUCGUCCCUGCGGGCGUCAUCCUCACCCUUGAGGCAAAUCCAUUGAUAUCGACUGUGAUUCUGGGUAUGUACUCGUGUGUGUUUUUGAAGCUGGUAUCGUACGCCUCCGUUAACUUAUGGUGUCGUCAAGCCACAUCACCAAAGAGGCUUCGUGUUCGACGCAGCAAGUCCAUAUCCUAUGAUGGAUCUAGUAUUGCCAAUGGGAAGGAGGAGACAAUGCUUGUUAAUUACCCAGAUAACUUAAACCUGAAUGAUCUGUACUACUUCAUGUGUGCUCCAACACUCUGUUACGAACUCAACUUUCCACGCUCACUUAGAAUCAGGAAAAGGUUCCUCAUCAAGAGAUUUGUUGAAAUGCUGUUCCUGAUUCAACUGAUUGGUGCCUGUAUCCAGCAAUGGGUUCUCCCCCUUGUCCACAACUCUCUUAAGCCUCUCAGCGACAUGGAUGCAGCCCGUGUGAUAGAAAGGCUUCUUAAACUUGCCAUACCCAACCACUUUAUAUGGCUCAUGUUCUUCUACUGGUUUUUCCACUCCACGUUGAAUGUUAUAGCGGAGGUUCUGAAGUUUGGGGACAGGGAAUUUUACAAGGAUUGGUGGAACAGUGACACAGUUAACAGCUUCUGGUCCAACUGGAAUAUCCCAGUACAUAGAUGGGCCACAAGGCAUCUAUACAAGCCAUUGCUGAGGCGAGGCUUUUCCAAGUUACAGGCAUCUGUUGCAGUUUUUAUGUUGUCAGCUUUUUUCCAUGAGUAUUUGGUGUCAGUACCGCUGCACAUGUUCAAACUCUGGGCAUUUAUGGGCAUGUUGGGCCAAGUACCUCUAGCUAUAGUGCAGGUGAAAUACAUCCAUGGAAAGUAUGGAAACAUGGUUGUCUGGUUAUCACUGAUACUUGGACAGCCAAUUGCCAUUCUAGCCUAUUACCAUGACUUUUACAUAAAUAGCCAGGCAUAUGUGGCAUUCAACAUACCAGCCAAUCAGACUGACGGAAUUUAGUCAUGGGAUUUUGUCUCAGCCAAUCAGACAGAACAAUUUGUGUCAGGUGACUGUCAAAUGAUUUUUAUUAGAUGGCACGGUCAAUGAAACAGAAGGAUUUUCAUAAAUCUUUUACAUGUCAUAGACAUUUUUUCCCCAUUUUUAUGAGAAAGAUCACUCCCUGAAUGACCAGUAAAUGUUACAAAUUAUUUGUGUAAUUGAUUAAUUGAUUUGUGUAAUUGAUUAGUGUAAUUGAUCGCAUGCAUUUAAAUUCAUUUUGAAGGAAUAUUUUGUGUUAUAUCUUUCCAAUCAUGUACUAUAGGUGAGCAAAACCAAGGAGGUGUUUGCAAUGUACAGUGUUAUUUGGUUAACUUUGUUUGUUUAACACAUGACUUUUUAUAUAAAUCAUUUUUGCUAUAUGAUGAUUUUAAGUUUGGUAGCUGGUCUAUAGUUCGAAAUUUUCUUCUUGGUAUAAUAUUUUGUUUUGCUGCAUUGCAUAUUAAUUCUUUUUGCUAUGUUUAGUAACACAUUUCAAUUUUAUCACUUAAAAUUUUAAAGUAAUUAUAUUAAAUAUCUUUUCAAUGAACAUAACUUUAAAUGUAUCACUACUUCUUUAAUUAAAAAUUCCUGUUCACCUCGAACUGUGCUUCAAAUUGGGUGGUACGCUUUACAAGUUUUCACUAUUGAUUAGCAAGCCAUUUAAUAAGUGAAUUAUGUAUAACAAGUUAAUAUUUGAGGAUCAGACUAUUGUACCAUGUUUGAAAGUGUUUUCUUUGUUUUCAUCUAUACAUUAAGUCCCGUACAGCAAAGGUAACAAAAUCCCUAUACAUUGAAUGCAGAUAAAUUACAAUGCUAUUCAUUUAUAUGCAUGCUAGGUAUCAAAUGCUGCCCUCAACAACAUGGUACAAAACAGUUACUUUACCCACAACCCUCAUGAUUGAAAUUAUAAAGCUCGUCCUACGCACUCAUGUAAAAUUUCAAAAACUUGGGUAGCUGGUGCAGUAACUAUUACCUAUUCAAUGUUUAAGAUACUACUAGUAUUUUGUGAUCAAGGUGCUGAUUUUGUUAAAAACUUAUUUCUCCUGAAAUACUUCUACUUCUAUGUUUUCUAUGUCAUUUGUUACUUAUGUUCUUAGAGAUGAAAUACAGUACAGUCUGAUCAGACUGCAUUCAUCAAUUUUAUAUAUGUAUUCAUUUAAUUUUAUGUUGAAUGCAAACGAAAAUUAAUUUGCUUCUUUCUAAAUGAAAUCACAUAAAAUAACAGAUUUUUCUUUUAAUCUUAGCCUGUAUUUUCUCUAGACCAAGAACAUAUAUGUAGGUACUUACUUUGCCAAGGUUUUGUUUUCAAGUUCUUUAUAUAGUCUGUGCUAUGUUAACUGCUUCAAAAUGCUUCAAAGGUUUAUAAGCUACAUAUGUGUUUAAAACAGUCACUGCCUGUUUGUAUCGACUAGCAGGCUCGUUCUUGAAAUGCUCCAGUAUGCCCAAUGCAUGCAUAUAAUUCAGAAAAAUGAUUGCUAUAUGAUAUAUAUGUUCUGAUAAUUAUGCUUUUGUUGGUUUUUGAUGUACAUUCACCACAUAAGUUAACAAUGUAAAUGUUCCAGUAUGUAUGUAGGGGUAGACAUUGUACUGCUGAAAACUACAUGUAACUUAAAUCCAAAUCCAAAUAACAUUACUAGUUGCAGCUUGGAGAAAACAUAGUUUUGUUACACUAUUCUUUAUGCUUUAUUUUUCAUUGUUCUAGAAUUUGAAUUAGUCACUUGUUAUACACAUUUUAUUUGAAGAUAUAGAUGUUAACUUAUUAUAUUAUUUAGCUUCUUUUGUGUUACUUUAAGAAAAUAUUACAUGUGCUGUGCCAUGAUGAAUAAAAAUUCUUGAGAUUUU